UCUUAAAUUUACUAUGGAAUCGUUUGGAUUAGAUCUCGAUGCACCUACAAACUCGUAAGCAACUUGAUAGUUAUCCGAGAACUAGUGAACAGAGGAGGAUUAGGUGGUGGCACGGCUAAUCCACCCAUGUACACACUUCUUGCUCACGCACUCAUAAUUCCUUUGAGCUUCAUUUCCUUCUUUAAUGGCCGCAUACUUCACUUCUUCUCCCGCCAUUUUUCCCCUCCUUCAAACCUGCACAAAUCCAAACCACCUUACCCAAAUUCAUGCCAAAAUCAUUCGCUCUAAUCUUUCUUCCAACAAUCUUCUUAACACCCAGUUAAUUCGUCUUUAUUCUUCCUAUGGCAAUCUCAAUUACGCCACUUCAAUCUUUCAACAAUUGCAAUUCCCAUCAACUUUCACUUGGAAUCUCAUCAUCAGAUGUCACACCAUCAACGGUUCUCCUUCACAGUCUAUUAUUCUUUACAAUUUCAUGAUAUGUACGGGUGUAAUACCUGAUAAAUUUACCUUUCCUUUUGUUAUUAAAGCUUGUGCUGCUUCUUCUUCGAUUGAAAAGGGAAAGGAAAUUCAUGGGUUUGCUGUGAAAACUGGUUAUUAUGGUAAAGAUAUGUUUGUUAAAAAUACCCUUUUGGAUAUGUACUUAAAAUGUAGGUGUUUAGAGUUUGCCCGUAAGGUGUUCGAUGAAAUGAAUGUGAGAAAUGUUGUUUCUUGGACUACGAUGAUAUCGGGUUUAAUUGGAUUUGGAGAGGUGGAUAAUGCUAGGAGAUUGUUUGAUGUAAUGCCUCAGAGAAAUGUGGUUUCUUGGACUGUUAUGAUUAAUGGGUAUGUGUCAAAUGGGAGGCCUCAAGAGGCGUUCGAGUUGUUUUCAGAAAUGCAGAUAGAAGGUGUGAGACCUAAUGAGUUUACUUUGGUUAGCUUGUUGAAAGGUUGUACAGAACUUGGGAGUUUAACUUUAGGGGAUUGGGUUCAUGAUUAUGCUAUAAAAAAUGGGUUUGAAAUGGGUGUUUUCCUUGGGACAGCUCUACUUGAUAUGUAUAGUAAAUGUGGUAGUUUAGAAGAGGCAAAAAAGGUGUUUGAUAUAAUGGAAAAACGAAGCUUAGCAACUUGGAAUUCGAUGAUUUCGAGCUUGGGUGUGCAUGGGUGUGGAGAAGAAGCUUUGGCUCUUUUCGGGUCAAUGAUGGAAGAGAAUGUAAUGCCAGACGCGAUCACAUUUGUUGGGGUGUUGAGUGCUUGUGUUCAAACACGCAAAGUGGAUGAAGGAUUAAGAUAUUUCAAGUUCAUGACUGAGGAGUGUGGGAUUAUACCUGUCUUAGAACAUUAUGUUUGUAUGUUUGAAUUAUGGGGUCUUGCAAGGAAGGAAACAGAGACCGAAUGGAAUGGAAGUCGAAGUUUUGUACAGAACAGACAAACUGAGUUGUUCAAUGAAAGAUUUUACCUUUAGGAAUUUACAGUUUGAAGAGUCUAAUUGUUCCAUUGAUACAUUGUUUAUUGUACAGAGUGGUAUGUAUUUUAUUUAUACCAUAUCAAUAAGAAUACAUAUAAUUUCAAGCUGCAAGUUAUUGCGGUAUGUGCAACAAUGCGGUUUCCAUUCACAGUAAUGUGACAACGGGUAUCAGUCGAUUUGAAGAUCUUUACAACCCGGCUGAUAUUGUAUAGUGCUUCUUUCGCUCUGUCAUUCCAAGUCAAUAAUCAGUAAAAUGGCACCAAGCUCUGGUGUCUGCUUUCUGCAGCCAUGGAUUUUGUGGACUGGGACUGUAUAUUUCCAUCCAAACGAAGGUCUCAAUACCAAAAUGGAUUGGAGCAUGGACGAUGUCACGAAUCUCACGAUGAUGAACAAAGGCUGAACAAUUGAAUUGUUGUAGUUGGGGCAAUGAAUACGUUAUUUUGAUGAAUGGAGGUCCAAGUAUAUGAUAUCGAUACAGUAAGAUACAAUUUCUCAGAUUAUUAUAUUUGACAUCUAUACAUAUCCCAUGAAUGCCUUGUGUUUUUUACGUGGAAAUCUUUUCUUAGGCCUCGCUUGGAUUAAAUGUAAAUAUUUUAGGGUUAAAAAAGAGUCAAAUUAAUAAAAUAAAGGUAAAUAGAGGUGCAAAUGUACUUGUGAAAAUGGUAGAAUGAGGGUAAACUAAAAAAAAAAUGUAAAGGAGGAUGAUUUCCAUCAUUUGGAGGAAAGUAUUCCCGCAUGGCCUCAUCCUUGCCUAGAGUAAAUUUAUACUCCAAUAUGAAGGAACUAUUGCUAUUCAUCCAUUUUUCAUUACUUUUUAAUCAAUUCUUUCACUUUUCUAACAAUCAAAUUUUUUUAAUUUACUAUCUUAUUAACUUUAUUUUCCUACUUUGACUUUUAUCCGCCCCUUAAAUAUUUACACUCAAUUCAUACGAUCGCUUAUAGGAACUUCUAUUGUUGAAAAUGGAAUAUCACUCAUAAGUCAAUGGAUUACCACUAAUAAGAGAAAUGCUAUUUUCUAAUCUUUUUCGUCCACCCCACUGCAAUGCUUGGGUCCCAGUGAUCAAUUCUUACCUAAUCCCACCAUUUCAGCUAAACAACAACUUGUGUACCCUUUGAGCCCUGCAUUGGAACACCUAUGAUGUAUGUUUCCAAUUCAGACAAAAAAGAUGACAUAAAAUCACUAGCUUUUGGUUGAGUAGUUAAUAUUAUCGCGCAGGAUCUAAGCUUUUUUUUCCUUAAUCCUCAACCAUUAAUAGAGAAUUCCAGAAAAUCUUAUUUACUACUUUUUUGUCAAUAGAAAGGCCUUUAGACUCUUUUUGACUGGAAUGCGCAUGCUAGUAUUCCUUAAUCUAGUAAAAUUAGA